UUGAUGUGGCUGUAGUUUCCUCACUGACUGGGUGCAAUUUAGACAGCUGCUCUAAGGACUGAGUGCGCUCACGUUUACAUAACUAUAUGCUCUUACACACACAUAGCUGUGGCUUUAGCUUUUAGUUUCCAGUAUGGGCCAAAUUGCAAACAAACCCACAAUUACGCACGAUAAUCCACCGCAGUAGUAUCUAAACGACCAUCCUGCUCUCACUCGGUACCCAGGAACAUCCGGGAGCGCAGAUCUACACUUCUCAGACUCUACCGCACGGAGGGGUGGAUGAAACAGUCGCUCUCGGGCUUUUCCUGUUGAAGUCGUGGAAAUUAUCAGUUCUGCACAGAAAGAUGCGUCAAAUAUCAUAAAAGGGCGGACAGGUUUAUUUUUAAACAGCAUUUUAUUGACACCGAAACGCAUCCACGAUAUUUUCUGAGUAUUGUUCACCUGUCGAGGAUGGAAAAGUGAUGGCCUUUCUCAUGUAGGAGGUUAGCUGAUCACUCUGAAAGUGCAGGAUGAAAAGAUGGCAGAGCUGCUUGUACCACCAGGUCCAGACAGCUUCCACCCCUUUAGUUGCGAGUCCCUCAAAGCCAUCGAGGGACGGAUUGCUGAGGAAAAUGCCAAGAGGCCAAAGGGCGAGAAGAAAAAACGCAGUGAUGACAAUAACCGGAAGCCUAACCGUGACCUGGAGGCAGGCAAAUCACUCCCUCUUGUCUAUGGGGACAUUCCUAAAGGCAUGGUGUCGAUACCACUGGAGGACUUGGAUCCCUACUAUUCUAAUCAGAAAACUUUCAUAGUAUUAAACAAAAAAAAGUUCAUCUUCCGCUUCAACGCCGAUCCUGCCUUGUACCUCCUGAGCCCCCUCAACCCUCUUAGAAGAAUAUCAAUUAGGAUAUUGGUACACUCAUUGUUCAAUGUUAUGAUCAUGCUUACCAUCAUUACCAACUGUGUAUUUAUGACACUGAAGAAACCACCGGACUGGACAAAGAAUGUAGAGUACACAUUUACCGCAAUCUAUACUUUUGAAUCUCUGGUUAAAAUCUUAGCUCGAGGGUUCUGCAUAGGAAAGUUCACCUUUCUAAGAGAUCCCUGGAACUGGCUGGAUUUCUCUGUUAUUGUUAUGGCGUAUGUAACAGAGUUUGUAACCCUAGGCAAUUUUUCAGUCCUUCGCACAUUCAGAGUGCUGAGAGCUUUCAAAGCUAUCUCAGUUAUACCAGGCCUGAAGACCAUCGUUGGUGCUUUGUUCCAGUCAGUGAAAAAACUUUCUGAUGUCAUGAUCCUCACCGUCUUCUGCUUGAGUGUCUUUGCCCUCAUAGGGUUACAAUUGUUUAUGGGUCAUUUAAGUCAAAAGUGUGUACGGAUCCCACAUAAUGAAACAUCAUCUAAUUGGACUGACGUGAAUGGAACAGUGCCCUUUUUCAACUUGACUGAAUACAGGCUCAAUAAGAGUAAUUAUUAUUACCUUCCAGGAAAACGAGAUCCAUUGCUUUGUGGAACUGGCAGUGGAGCUGGGCAGUGUCCAGAGGGGUUCGAGUGCAUGAAAAUCGGAAGAAACCCAGACUAUGGUUACACCAGCUUUGACUCAUUCGGUUGGGCCUUCCUUUCUCUGUUCAGACUGAUGACACAGGAUUACUGGGAAAACCUUUACCAGCAGACGUUGCGGGCAGCUGGGAAACCCUACAUGAUCUUUUUUGUGCUGGUGAUAUUCCUUGGUUCCUUCUACCUGAUCAACCUGAUCUUGGCUGUAGUAGCCAUGGCCUAUGAGGAGCAGAGCCAGGCCAACAUUAAGGAGGCUAAGCAGAAGGAGGAGGAAUUUCAGGCCAUGGUUGAGCAGCUGAGACGGCAGCAAGAGGAUACUCAGGCAGCAGCAACUCCAGGUGCUGUAGAAAGCGAGGAGGUCAGCGAUAAAGGCAGCAGUGCUGAUAGCCCCUCCGACAUCUCCAAACUGAGCUCCAAAAGUGCCAAAGAGAGACGCAACAGGCGAAAAAAACAAAAGGAGGAGGAAGGCAAAGGGGCUGAUGAGAAAUCUGUUAAAUUGGAGUCACAGGACAGUAUAAAGAAGGCUCGCUGUCGCUUCUCUGUGGAUGCAAACCUGCUCAACUAUGACAUGAAAUGCUCAUCUGCACAUCAGUCCUCUCUGAGUUUUCAUGGACCCCUGUUCUCAUCCAGACGGAACAGUAGGACCAGUGUUUUCAGUUUCCCAAGCCAAACGCAGGACAUGGGCUCAGAAAAUGACUUUGCUGAUGAUGAGAACAGCCUUUUUGAAGACAACCUAAGCCGGAGGGGCUCUUUGUUUCUUCCUCGAGGCUGUGAUAGAUGCAGCAGCAGUAUGAGCCAAUACAGCUUCUUGUCACAUCUCCUGCUUCAACCCAAUGGGAUCAAGCACAACUCUAUGGACUGCAGUGGAGUUGUAUCUCUAAUGGGUGGGAAUUCACACCCAUCGUCACCUGCGGGGCUCCAUCUGCCUAAGGUGACGGUAGAUAGAGCCUCCAGUGGAGACAAUCCUGACACCACAGACACAGAGUACAGACAGGCCGAUGGAAGAGCACAGGAGUUUAUGGACUGUCUUGAAGGCCCAGAGGCCAGACAGCGAACCCACAGUGUGGCUAGUGUCAUAACGAGCACAGUGGAUGAGCUUGAAGAGUCGAGGCAGAAGUGUCCUCCUUGGUGGUACAAAUUUGCCCACACCGUCCUCAUCUGGGAAUGCUGUCCAGCAUGGCUGCAGAUCAAGAAGGUGGUUAAACUAAUUGUGAUGGACCCAUUCGUGGACCUAACCAUUACCAUCUGCAUUGUACUCAACACACUGUUUAUGGCAAUGGAGCAUUAUGAAAUGACCAAACAGUUCUCCAAUAUGCUGACUGUAGGCAAUCUGGUAUUCACUGGCAUCUUCACAGCUGAAAUGGUCCUUAAAAUCAUUGCUUUGGACCCAUACUAUUACUUUCAGACAGGAUGGAAUAUUUUUGAUGGGAUCAUUGUCAGUUUAAGCAUAAUGGAGCUUUGUUUGGAAAAUAUGGGUGGCAUGUCGGUUCUGAGAUCAUUCAGAUUGCUGAGAGUAUUCAAGUUGGCUAAAUCGUGGCCCACACUUAACACUCUCAUCAAAAUAAUCGGUAAUUCGGUGGGGGCUUUGGGCAACCUGACCCUGGUGCUGGCCAUUAUUGUCUUCAUCUUUGCUGUGGUGGGCAUGCAACUGUUUGGAGCAAAAUACAUGGACUGUGUGUGUAAAAUCUCGAAGGACAAGGAGAAUUGUAAACUGCCUCGUUGGCACAUGAAUGACUUCUUCCAUUCAUUCCUCAUUGUGUUCCGAGUGCUUUGUGGAGAGUGGAUAGAGACCAUGUGGGACUGUAUGGAGGUGGCUGGGACGACCAUGUGCAUCACAGUCUACAUGAUGGUCAUGGUUAUUGGAAACCUUGUGGUGCUGAAUCUGUUCCUCGCCCUACUGCUGAGUUCAUUUAGUGCUGACAACCUGGCAGCGACAGAUGAUGACAGCGAGAUGAACAAUUUGCAGAUUGCAAUUGGACGGAUUCACAAAGGCAUUGUGUUCGUCAAAUCCCUGCUUCGAAGUAGCUGCAGCAGCGUCUGCCUCGGGGAUAAGAAAGGGAAGGGUGAGAACAAAUCUUUGGAUGAGCUCCACAAAGCUUUAGGGCCAAACGGCAUCCCCAAGCAUACCACCAAAGACUUUACUAAGAACGGCAAUGGGGAUGUGAUUGGAGUGGACAAAAAUGGGGGCAAAUACAUAGUCUGCAGCAAGAGUGAUGAUUCUAUAAUGUCUUUCAUCAACAAUCCUGGUGUGACUGUCAAUGUACCUAUCGCUGUGGGAGAAUCUGACUUUGAAAACCUCAACACAGAGGACUUCAGCAGUGCCUCGUCUGAUCUACCAGGAUGCCAUGUGACUCUAGAUGAUGAUGGGCAGCUCAGCUCCUCUGAGGGGAGCACAGUGGACUGUAUGCCAGCUGGGGAGGGAGGCGAGUCAGUAAACUUUGAACUAGAAGAAUCUAUGGAUCCUGGCGCCUGUUUUCCUGAUGGCUGUGUGCAGAGGUUCCAGUGUUGUCAGGUAAAUGUGGAUGUGGGCUGGUGGAAGAUUUGGUGGACACUGAGAAAGACCUGUUAUCGGAUAGUGGAACACAACUGGUUUGAGAGUUUUAUUAUCUUCAUGAUACUGCUCAGCAGUGGCGCACUGGCAUUUGAAGAUGUCUACAUUGAACAGAGGAAGACCAUUAAAACAAUGUUGGAGUUUGCAGAUAAAAUCUUCACCUACAUCUUCAUUCUAGAGAUGUUACUGAAGUGGGUGGCAUAUGGAUUUGCCAAGUAUUUCACAAAUGCCUGGUGCUGGCUGGACUUCCUCAUUGUUGAUGUCUCACUGGUCAGUCUGGUAGCCAAUGCCAUGGGAUAUUCUGAUCUUGGUGCCAUCAAGUCUCUGAGAACCUUGCGAGCUCUAAGGCCCCUGAGAGCCCUGUCACGGUUCGAGGGCAUGAGGGUGGUUGUCAAUGCCCUGCUGGGUGCCAUUCCUUCCAUCUUCAAUGUGUUGCUGGUAUGCCUCAUCUUCUGGCUCAUAUUCAGCAUCAUGGGAGUCAACUUAUUUGCAGGGAAGUACCACCGCUGUGUCAGCAAAAACUCAGAUGAGCCUUUCAAUACAUCACAAGUAAAUAACGAGACAGAGUGUGAUACACUGGGCAACGUUGCUCGAUCACAAGUAAAUAACGAGACAGAGUGUACUGCACUGGGCAACGUUUCUCACUGGAAGAAUCUCAAAAUCAACUUUGAUAACGUUGGCAUGGGUUACCUUGCAUUGCUGCAAGUAGCUACAUUCAAGGGCUGGAUGGACAUUAUGUAUGCUGCUGUAGACUCACGGAAGGUAAAAGAACAGCCAGUGUAUGAAACCAACAUGAUCAUGUACCUGUAUUUUGUUGUUUUCAUCAUAUUCGGAUCCUUCUUCACACUCAAUCUCUUUAUUGGUGUCAUCAUAGACAAUUUCAAUCAGCAAAAGAAAAAGUUAGGAGGUCAAGAUAUCUUCAUGACUGAAGAACAGAAGAAAUACUACAACGCCAUGAAAAAACUGGGGUCAAAGAAACCACAAAAACCUAUUCCUAGACCAUCUAACAAGAUUCAAGGAUACAUCUUUGAUGUCACAACAAAACAAGCAUUUGAUAUUGUAAUUAUGGUCCUCAUAUGGCUAAAUAUGGUAGCCAUGAUGGUGGAAACCGCUGACCAGUCAGAUGAAAAGAGUAACAUUCUCUAUUAUAUUAAUGUAGUAUUCAUUAUCAUCUUCACUGGAGAGUGUUUGUUGAAGAUAAUCUCACUUCGCCAGUACUAUUUCACAAAUGGUUGGAAUGUAUUUGAUUUCAUCGUAGUCAUUCUCUCAAUUAUCGGUAUUUUUCUUUCUAAGGUGAUAGAGGCAUAUUUUGUUUCACCAACCUUGUUCAGAGUCAUCCGAUUGGCCCGGAUUGGUCGCGUCCUCCGCCUUAUUAAAAGUGCCAAAGGAAUCCGCACACUCUUGUUUGCCUUGAUGAUGUCACUUCCAGCCUUGUUCAACAUUGGUCUCCUGCUUUUCUUGGUGAUGUUUAUCUAUGCCAUCUUUGGGAUGUCAGCCUUUGCUUAUGUCAAGAGGGAAUCAGGUAUUGAUGACCUUUUCAAUUUUGAGACAUUUGGCAACAGCAUGAUCUGUCUGUUCCAGAUCACCACCUCAGCAGGAUGGGAUGGCUUGCUUGCUCCCAUCCUCAACAAAAAUGAAGACUGUAGCAAUACCACGGAACAUCCUGGCAGUUCUGCUAUAGGAGACUGUGGAAAUCCUACAGUGGGAAUUGCCUUCUUUGUGAGCUACAUUAUCAUCUGUUUCCUGAUUGUGGUGAAUAUGUACAUUGCAGUCAUUCUGGAAAACUUCAGCGUAGCCACUGAGGAGAGUGCAGAUCCGCUGAGUGAGGACGAUUUUGAAAUGUUUUAUGAGGUCUGGGAAAAGUUUGAUCCUUCUGCAACACAGUUCAUGGAGUACAAUAAACUGUCAGAUUUUGCAGAUGCUCUGGACCCACCGUUACGCAUAGCCAAGCCCAACAACAUCAAACUGAUCUCCAUGGAUCUGCCCAUGGUGAGUGGUGAACGUAUUCACUGCCUGGACAUUCUGUUUGCAUUCACAAAACGUGUUCUAGGCGAGGGUGGGGAGAUGGACAUCUUAAGGGGGCAGAUGGAGGAGCGCUUCAUGGCUUCUAAUCCUUCCAAAGUGUCCUAUGAACCCAUCACUACCACCCUCCGCCGCAAACAGGAAGACACAUCAGCCACUGUCAUCCAGAGAGCAUACAGAUAUUAUGCAAGUAGAAAUGCUGCCAAUAAGCCAUCUGACACAUCCGGUCACAACAUUCAAAAGGAUAAAAAACUCACUGACAAAGAGGAUGCUGUCACAGACAAGCUCAGAACCAAUCCUAGUGCUGAUAAAAGUGAACUGGUACCUUCAGUUGCCUCUCAACCCUCAUCUAACAGUGUGACAACAAAUGGGAAAAAUAAAUAUGAAAAAGACAAUAGUGAAAAGGAGGUUAUGGGCAAAGAUGUUAGAGAGGGAGAGAUAUAAAAUAAUCUUAGGGAUGCAACAAAGACAUUUUAAUUAAUGACAAUGUUUACAGCCUUUGAAAGUGACUAUGACAUCCACUGGACCCCCUGUCUUUGUAUGGAUAUCUAUGCCAAACUGACCAUACUUACUUGAGUCUAAAGGUUGGUGCCUAAAUGGAAAGGCCCAUUCAUGUUCAGGAGCCAGGAUCUAAGGGGGCGACAUUUCUCAAAGUGUUCUGAAAGACGCAUUAGUUAAUGCUUUAACUUCUACUGCAACUAGUUCUGCUAUCCAGUGUCUUGAAUUAUUGUUACUGUAUAUCAAUGUCGUAUUACUUUACCUACUUAUUUUUCAGGCAGAAAAACUGUUUUAUUGUUAUUAAUUUGAGAAUUGCUUGACUUUUUAUACACUUUUUUUGCUCUUCAAAUGAGUUGUUGCUUCAGGAGGUAGUCUUUACAAUGAACAGCACUGUGUUAAGGCUCGUCUUGCUAACUGAUAGCACUUAGAAUACUUGACAAAUCCAAGAAAAGACAAUGUCUGAGUUGCUGCAGUUAAGUAUAAAAGUAGACCUGCAUGAAUGUGAUUAUGCAUGCUGGAGUUUUCAUCAGGCUCUCUCCCUGUCCGUCAUGCUUUAUGAUACAAACUACACAGUCAUGCAUGACAUGGCUGUUUUCUUUUUUUACUUUUUAAGGAAGAUGACCUUAGCCUACAGAGCAAACAAAUCCAGCAAAUUAUGUUUGAGAUGUUUGACUAUCAGUGUCAGAACAGCAGAAACAUUUUGCACAUUCAGUUUGAUUCAGUCAUCAGAAUCAUUCAUGUAUUUCAUCUUAUCCUUUUGUGUGCUACCUAUUUAUUAGGUAUUUAUUGUACAAUACAGCUGAUUACUUUUAUGUACAAAUCUUAUCAUGAACAGUGCUAAAAUAGAGUCCCGAGCUGUGGGAUUGUCUUUCAGAGCUGCACAUUUAGGAAAAGACUUUUUUGUUUGCACACUGUAACAGACCCUUUUAUAAGUUACCUCACUUAACCACAAACCUCUAACCGUUUGCUUUAUGCGGAAAUCAACGGUAAUAUUGUUUUUAAGACAGCUGCAUUAUACAGGUCUCCACAAUAUGUCUGCCUUUUUCAUUUAGUCUGUUUUUUUAUUAGCUGUUUUUGAUGAUGAACCUCAAUGUGUAUUCUAUAAUGAUUAUAAAAUUACAAAAUUUAUGGAAUUACUUGUAUUUAUUACCUGUAAUAUGAAGCCAGAUAUAUUAUCCAUAUUCUGCUGUUUUCAGGCAGACAGGGAUGUUAUACAUCUAGUUGGGAGGUGAAAAGUCAACCUUUAACUGCAUAUUUUUAUUUGAAAAUGGUGAAUGGCAACGGAUAGUUGAUCUUUUAUGUUUUGUGUGCAUUGUAAACUGUUUUGAGCAGUUUACCUCUCAGUCUUUAUCAUCAUGAAUAUCCGAGUUGAAUGAAAGAUAGCUCAGAAAAUUCCUAAAUGAUUGUCUCAAGAACAUGGCAUCAAACAUCCUACAUCUGUUUACAUUUUAUAGUGGUGGUUGCGUUACUUUUGUCAGUUCUUCCCCUUGACUUUCACCCUACACAACUACAUCUGUUGUUCCAUGUUAUAGAAAUGUAAUUCCAUUCAUGUAAGUAUAUUUGCAUGUAAUUAAAAUGGUCAAUACUUGCACUAUACUUUAUACAUCAUGAAAGAAUGUUUUGAUUACAUAGAAUUUAAGAUGUCCCAUCAUUUAUAUGCAUAAUGCUUGUAGUGUAUAAAUGAACUGCAUGAGAGAUAUAACCCAUUUCACUAAAAGCCAAAAGAAUA